GCAAGUCUAGCUUAAUUGACACCUGAAAAACGCUUAAAUCCAGCCCGAUCUCCCCUUUGCCAUAUACUAACUGUCUCAAUGCCUCCGAGACUACGGCUCUCAACAUGCUCGACGAUCUCCAACUCCCUCCGACAUGAGUGCAGAAGACAGUCCGGAGCUGCAAUUGCAGCAACGGCUCUCUCACAGUCAUCAGUCACUUCUAUCAAUCACAUUCGGGGUGCUAGUACUGCCUCCGCCACCGCUAAUCCCGCCCCUUUGUAUCAGCAAACACAACCGCUUUCCCAUCGCCGACCAGAAUACCGCAAGUCACAACUUCACCGCCAAUACACCUCUCUCCUGCGAACAAUGCCUUUGAUACUCCUAUUUCAGCAUAACAAUCUCAAAUCCAUCGAAUGGGUAAAUAUCCGCCGCGAACUCUCCAACGCGCUGAGAAAAGUCGACGAAGAUCUCAUCUCGAAAGGAAGGACGGACAUGCCACCGCUGGCAGACGCGAUCAAAAUGCAGACCAUCCAGACACAUAUAUUCGAAGCUGCUCUACGAGUGGUCGACUUCUUCCGUCCUGGGGAUGCGGCAACUGUCGAUCCAACGGCACCAAUCCUCUCACGAGAAGACCCCAGGUUAACCCACGACCUUUCAUACACAGCGUAUCAGGCUGUUCUCGACAAGCGUGGCAAGCACGAGCUAGCGACUUUGCUCACGGGUCCGAUUGCGGUCGUUUCGUUUCCGUAUGUUUCGCCGGAGCAUGUUAAGGCCGCCCUGUCCAUUCUAGCACCCAGCCCGCCAACCUUCCCCGCUCCAACUCGCCGGGCGAAUCCGGGUUAUUACGAAUUUGCUACGCAAUCUGGGUUGCAGAAGCUGGUCAUGUUGGGGGCAAGAGUGGAAGGAAAGGUGUUUGAUGACGAGGGUACAAGAUGGAUCGGAGGUAUCGAAGGUGGAUUGGGCGGACUCAGGGCACAGCUGGUCUACCUGUUGCAGUCUAUGGGGGCCAACCUUACAAAUACUUUGGAAGGUGCUGGAAAGAGUCUGUAUCUUACGAUGGAGAGCCGGAGAAGUGUUUUGGAAGAAGAACAAAACGGUGGGAAGAAAGAAUGAGUGGAUAUUUGACUACGUGUGUUGGACAUAUAGAUACUCGUUCAGUUUUUUGGGGAUGGUGCCAUCUGUUCCUUUUUCAUUUUAUGUUGUCAGCAGGGCUUAAAUUCAUGUACUAUAAGAUGCAAUAAACCUCUAUUAGAAAUUAUUCAACGG